GUUUCACUUGUGCUUCCAAUAUCAACUCAAGAAAAAGAAAUGGCAAGCGAUAAAAUUAGUCCAUUGUUUGAAACAAAAAGAGCUAAGGGGAGAGUGGUCUAUAGAGUGUUUGCAGCUACUUUAUUUGUGGCUAUAUGUUUGAUUUUGGUUUAUAGAUGGAUUUACAUACCCAAACAAGGAGAAGAUGGGAGAUGGGUUUGGUUUGGUUUGCUCGGAGCGGACCUCUGGUUCGGUUUUUAUUGGCUCAUUAGUCUCGCUUUAAGGUGGCAACCGGUCUACAGGUUCCCCAACAAGGAUAGACUCAAUAGCAGGUACCAAAAGAAGUUACCAGGAGUGGAUAUAUUUGUGUGCACAGCAGACCCAAUAAUAGAGCCACCAAUAAUGGUGAUGAAUACAGUUUUAUCAGUCAUGACUUACGAUUAUCCCUCCAAAAAGAUUGGUGUAUAUUUAUCAGACGACGGUGGCUCCAUUCUUACAUUUUAUGCAUUGUUACAAGCGUCUGAAUUUGCAAGAUUUUGGAUACCUUAUUCUAAAAAAUUUAAUGUGGGACCAAGGUCGCCUGCUGCUUAUUUUGUCUCCACUUCUCCACACCAUCAGCUUCAUGGGUCUGACGAAUUUUUCGCUAUCAAGAAAUUAUAUGAAGAAAUGGAAGACAAAAUUGAAACUGCAAUGAAGCUAGGUAGAAUUCCUGAAGAAGCAGCCUUGAAGCAUAAAGGAUUCUCCCUGUGGGAUUCACAGAACUUUUCGAAACGUGAUCACGAUACUUUUCUUCAAAUUUUGGUAGAUGGAGAAGAUCCUAACGCAAUAGAGGACAUUGAUGGGUGUCCAUUGCCUACCUUAGUAUAUCUUGCUAGAGAAAAGAGGCCUCAAUAUCCCCACAAUUUCAAAGCUGGGGCCAUGAAUGCAUUGAUAAGAGUGUCAUCGAAGAUUAGCAAUGGAGAAAUAAUUCUGAAUCUAGACUGUGAUAUGUACUCCAACAAUUCCUUAUCUGUGCAAGAAGCACUAUGUUUUUUCAUGGAUGAAGAGAAUGGCCAUGACAUUGCUUUCGUACAGUUCCCUCAAAGCUUUGACAACAUCACCAAGAAUGACUUGUAUGGUGGCUUGAUCAGAAUUGGUGCUGUAGAGUUUUGUGGCCUUGAUGGUUUUGGAGGUCCUAUGUAUAUUGGAAGUGGCUGUUUUUACAGAAGAGAUGCUCUCUGCGGAAGAAAAUUCAGUAGAGAUUGUAAAUUUGAAUGGAGUAGAGAUGAUCAUCACAAGAGACAACAAAGUUUAAUGGAAUUAGAAGAAGAAACAAAGGCUCUUGCAAAUUGCACUUUUGAGCAAAAUACUCAAUGGGGAAAUGAGAUUGGCCUAAGAUACGGUUUUCCUGUGGAAGAUGUGAUUACGGGGCUAUCAAUCCAAUGCAGAGGAUGGAAAUCGGUGUAUUAUGCUCCAGAAAGAGAGGCAUUCUUAGGUGUGGCACCAAUCACAUUGGCUCAGACAUUGGUGCAGCAUAAAAGGUGGUCCGAAGGUCAUCUUCAAAUUGUGCUGUCUAAGUAUAGCCCUGUUUGGUAUGGAAAUGGAAAAAUAAGCCUUGGCCUGCAAUUGGGUUAUUGCUAUUAUAAUCUCUGGGCUGCAAAUUGCUUGCCGACCCUUUAUUACUCCAUCUUUCCUUCGCUUUGUCUCCUCAAAGGCAUAUCCUUGUUCCCACAGAUGUCAAGCCUAUGGUUCAUACCAUUUGCUUAUGUAAUAAUAGUCAGCUACACAUACAGCCUAACUGAAUUCAUAUGGUACGGAGGCACAAUCCAAGGGUGGUGGAAUGAACAAAGAAUAUGGCUAUACAAAAGAUCAACCUCUUAUCUCUUCGGCUUCAUCGACACCAUUUUAAAGACGGAUUUAGAUUUCGUGGUCACUGCCAAAGUCGCCGACGAAGAAGUAUUUCGAAGAUAUAAAAAAGAGAUGAUGGAAUUUGGAGAGUCAUCUCCAAUGUUUACCAUUUUAGCUACACUUGCAAUGCUCAAUUUGGUUUGCUUUUGUGGGGUGGUGAAAAAGGUGGUAAUGAAUGGAAAUAGUAUUAGGUAUUAUUAUGAGAUUAUGGCUUGUCAAAUUGUUAUUUGUGUUAGUUUGGUUUUGAUCAAUUGGCCUUUGUAUGAAGGUCUUUUCUUUAGGAAGGAUAAGGGUAAGUUGCCUGGUUCUUUACUGAUGGGAAUUGGGCUAAAGGAAUGGUAUGGUUUUGUAUUGUUGAUACUUUUGUUGAGCCCUCAAGAAAUUUAUGGAAUUAGAUUUGUGAUUGAUAGAGAAGAAUGUUUCUCUCAUGAUGUUAAAUAUGAAGGGGAUACAGUUCAUGUUUCCUUUGUUGUUGUUAAGACGGAUUCGUCUUGGCAAUAUAGCGAAGAUGGCGUUGACCUUGUUGUAAAGGGACCAUCUGGUGAUCAAAUUCAUGAUUUUCGUGAAAAGGUAAGUGAUAAGUUCGAGUUCAUGGCUCGUCAAAAAGGAGUUCACCAAUUUUGCUUCACCAACAAGUCUCCUUACCAUGAAACUAUAGACUUCGAUGUACACGUUGGCCAUUUUUCAUACUAUGACGAGCAUGCAAAAGAUGAACAUUUUAAACCAUUGUUAGAUCAGAUAUGGAAGUUAGAGGAGGCUCUUUACAACAUACAAUUCGAGCAGCAUUGGCUGGAGGCUCAGACUGAUCGUCAAGCAAUAGUUAACGAGUCAAUGAGCCGGAGAGCACUUCACAAGGUCCUCUACGAAUCUGCAGCAUUGAUCGGUGCUAGUGUUCUGCAAGUGUACCUUCUCCGCCGCCUGUUUGAGCGGAAGCUUGGGACAUCGAGGGUAUAAGUCCAGAGAAUGCACUAAUUGGCUACCUCAACGUAGUUGUAUCAUGUAUGAUGCAAAAAGUUCUCAAAUUAGACUUUUUUUUUCUUUCCUAAUUGAUUAGGAAGAAGAGGACAUGUAUAGAAUUAGAAAUAUCCAUUUUGGAAUUAUAAAAAGAACUUUUGUUUCUUUA